AAUUUUAUUUAUUUUCUCCUCCAUUCGUUUUAGUUUCACACCGCAUAUCAUGUCUCAUCUCAUACAUUUUCCUCACAGUGGGAUCAACCUACUUUAGUACUUUUCAAAACCCUUUCUUUCUCUCUUUGAUCCAUUCCUUCCUUUCACACGUGAAGUAAAUAUAUUUCUUCUUGAAAUUUUUAAUGGCUAAUUAUUGAUGAAAGCAUUGAAGAUUAUUUUGUCUCCCUAGCCAGCAGCCAGCACCUAGCAUCAAUCUUGAUUCUUCCAUUCUACUCUCCUCACUCACAUACACAGAUCCACCACAUGUAGGACUAGUAGAUUGCAUUUCAUAAAAGUAAUGGCAUAUAGAAAAGGGAAAAAAAGUACUAUUACUAGGGACACAAAAUAUAUACUCUUCUAUCUCAUGAUCAUGAUGCAAAAGCAUUAGCAUCAAGCACCAUGCACCCCAUGGAAAGCGUCUUCUCUCUCUCUGUUGCCGCAAGGGCUGAUUUUAUCCAAUUUCUGGUGCAGUCUUUUGGCUGCAGUUACAUUUGUCUAUGGGCAUAUGAUUCCAUUUCACCAAAUCGUUUGAGCUUCUUGGAUGGUAUCUACAAUCUAAGGAACAACCAAUCAAGUUCAAGUUUGGGGAGUGUGCAGGCACAACAGCUUUUCAGUCAGUUCCGGACUUUGACAUUUGAUAUCAAUGAUGACCGUGUUCCUGGACUAGCUUUUCGGAAUCAACGGUCAUACCUUGAGCUCCAACAAUUGGAACUUCUCAGACUAGCAUCCACAGAAAUACAAACACAAUUUUUUCAGGAGGCAAGGAUUAAGACUGCUGUUUUCAUGGGGUGUAACAAAGGAGAAAUUGAGCUUGGUUUCUUAAAUAUGUCCCAAGUUGACAUUCAAACAACACUUAGGAGUUUGUUUCCUGAAGAUUUUUCCACUAGAGUACUGUCCCAGCAAAUUGAUCAAAACCCUCCAGCAUCAUCUUCAUCUUCUCUGAGAUCAAUCUCCACAGGAAGCCCUGAAUACUCAUCACUUCUAUUCAGUAUUCCAGGAACUUCUCAACCCCACUUUUCACCUGAGACACUUGGAGCAUCAUCAUCAUCAAGACUAGUGCCACCAAUGCAGCCAGUGCCAAAUAGUCCUCACCAACAAGCCAUUAAUAAUAUUCAAGCAUUGGCACAAGUCCCUUCUCUAACCCAAUUCCCCACACCAGAAACUGAACAUGAUGCAAUCAUGAGAGCAAUCCUCUAUGUUAUAUCUCCAACAACUUCUCAUCAUCAUCAUAAUCAACAGCACCAACAAAACUUGCCUUAUAGUAGUAAUAAUUCUCUUCCUGUGGUGCAUCCUGAUGCUAGUGCAUUCCAGAGGUAUAGACAAGACUUAGGCUCCAACAACAUGGUCUCCAAUAUUCUCAGAAGGCAAAGCCUCAUGAAGAGAUCUUUUGUGUUCUUUAGAAACUUGAAUUUUAUGAGAAUGAGAGAUCGCAUUCAAGCAACGUCUCGUCCCACCAAUACUCAGCUUCAUCAUAUGAUAUCAGAGAGAAGAAGGCGUGAGAAGCUAAACGAGAAUUUUCAAUCCCUUAGAGCACUUCUUCCUCCGGGAACAAAGAAAGACAAAGCGUCUAUACUGAUAGCAGCAAAGGAGACAUUGAGCUCUUUGAUGGCUGAAGUUGAUAAACUGAGCAAAAGGAAUCAAGGGUUGACGUCAUUUUUGUCAGCCAAAGAAUCUACAACUGAAGAAACCAAGGUAGCUAGUUUAUCGCCAAAUAAAAGAUUAAGUGUCAUAAUUUCACAUGUACCCGAAUCAAGCUCAUCAGAAGAGAGAAUGGUGGAGUUGCAAGUGAAUGUGAGAGGACAAGUUUCUCAAACUGAUUUAUUAAUCCGGUUAUUGGAAUUCUUAAAACUGGCUCACCACGUGAGCUUGGUUUCCAUGGACGCAAACACCCACGUUGCAGAAGGGAAUAAUGCACUACAUCAACUAUCCUUCAGAUUGAGGAUUAUUCAGGGAAGUGAAUGGGACGAGUCUUCCUUCGAGGAAGCAGUGAGAAGAGUAGUUGCUGACUUGCUACAGUACCAAAUGGACCAAUAACUUUCUUUGACCAACUUCACCACUCUUUGAUUUAUCCUGCGGCGAUAGUGCAUUCUUGAUUUUAGUUUAAGUCCCAUCAAAUCCAUUUAAUUCAACACCCCACCAGUUGUUGUUAUAUGUUGGUUUCACAAUUAAAUUGGUUUUAUUAAUUAAGUCUAUUUAUCAUAUUUGUGUAUGUUGUUGAUUUUUUUUUAGUGUAAAUCACGUAUUUUUUUUUAUUAGAAGUAAUUUUGCUCGAAUUGAAGUAAUCGAUCUUAUUAUUAAUAAUUUUAUGAUUUUAUUUUAUUUUUCUA